AUGGGCCUGUUAAGUCUUUUAAGGAGAUUGAAAUCCAAACCAGAACAAGAAAUAAGGAUUCUUCUUCUUGGUCUAGAUAAUGCAGGAAAGACAACUUUGCUUAAACAUUUAGCAUCUGAAGAUAUAACUCAAACUACUCCCACUCAAGGAUUUAAUAUCAAAAGCGUUCAGUCCCAAGGGUUCAAACUAAAUGUUUGGGAUAUUGGAGGACAGCGAAAGAUUCGCCCAUAUUGGAAAAACUACUUUGAAAAUACAGAUAUAUUGAUUUAUGUGAUCGAUAGUUCAGAUAAAAAGCGCUUUGAGGAAACCGGAGAAGAACUCUUGGAACUUUUAUCAGAAGAUAAAUUAGCUGGAGUUCCUUUAAUAGUAUUUGCCAAUAAACAGGACUUGCUCACCGCUGAACCGGCAAACAGAAUAUCAGAUGGGCUUGGGUUACUAACUAUUAGGGAUAGACCAUGGCAAAUUCAGGGCUGUUCAGCUAUAACUGGCAAUGGUGUACAAGAAGGAAUAGAAUGGGUAAUCAAAUCAGUAAAUACUCGUUCAAAAAUGAAAUAG